AUGCCUUAUCGUUGUUCCGUUCUCUAUAAGACCAUUGAUGAGAUCCACAAUGAAGUUCUCGAUGGUGUCCGUGUAUUCCGGGAAGAGACUGAUUCUGCUUGGACCGAAAUGAUGGAUGUUCAAGUAUUGGUGACACCACCAACCAAGCCACGUGUCAAUCCAUUUAACUCAGUAUUCCGGCAGAAGCGUCAGACAUUCUCUGAACUUCCGGCUUGGUGUCAAUGCGAACCAAAGAAACCAACAUGCCCGCCAGGACCUCCUGGACCACCAGGACCUCCAGGACAACCAGGCAAAACAAUUCGUUCUUUUUCGGCCUAUUUUUUGUUUUCAGGAACACAAGGGUCUCCAGGACCAAAGGGACCGGACAGUACUACCACUUACGCUCCAAUCGAGUGCCACAAUCCAAAACCAGGAUGCAUUAGCUGUCCAAGAAAACUUCCUGGACCAACCGGACCAGCAGGACCAGCAGGCCAAAAGGGACCAGACGGACGUCCAGGACAACCAGGACACACUGGAAAGCCAGGAGCACCGGGAAGUCCAGGACCAAAUGGAGCAAUGGAGGUUCAGGAGCCGCUGGAGGACCAGGAAAGGGAACAGCUGGAGCUCCAGGAGCACCAGGAAAAGCUGGCCCAGCAGGACGAGCUGGAGAACCAGGAAAGAAUGGUUCUGAUGGAUCUCCAGGAACAGCUGGACCAGCUGGAGGGCCAGGACAACCAGGAAACAAAGGAUCAGAUGGACAUCCAGGAACUCCAGGAGCUCCAGGAGGACCAGGACACGAUGCUGCCUACUGUGCCUGCCCACCAAGAUCUGCUGUCUUUGUCUCCAAACAUUGAAUACCCUAUCAAUAAAUAUUUGAGUAUUUCCAAAACGUUUGAUGGAAACAGGAAGAUGCUUAUUCUUACUGACCAAAACUGUCGCUGUCUAGACAUUGGUUCUCUAGUUGAUGUACUCUAA